GGUAUUUGAAGGGGGUAGCCCCUAUAGGCAUCGCCCGGCCACACCUCCUUCUUCUAGGCCGGACAUCCUAGCCUGUAUUGGGUGGGUCACCCGACCUCCUUGAAGGCUUGAGGGAGGUUCUGGUGGAGCUUGGCUGAAUUUGGAUGGGGUCAAGGAAGCGAACGUGUAGUGCCACCUCAAAGCUGCAUCCAGAGAGAGCCUGCAUUUUUUUGGCUGGCUUGGAACCCCCCGCCCGCCAAUGGAUUGUGGGAAUUGUAGUUCAGGGACCAUCGGCCCGGGACUGCCAACUUUUAGAGCAUCUUCAGUGAGUGUUUACCUCAUGUCACCAGACCUUAAUCUGCAGAGGCUGCAGGAGCCGGGUGUGAGGCUCAGGCCUUGUGGACAUCCGCUGCCCUACCCUAGCAUAGACGCUCCCAAAUUACAGGCCCCACACCCCGCUGAGGGUGUUUGAGGGUGAGUAAUUCAGCCUUUGAAGCUCAUAAACAAAAGGAAGCCACACAACUAGGAGAGUGUCCCCAUCCGGUGAGACUUUGCAGACGACAGCGUCUCAUGCUGUUGCCCAGGCUGGAGUGCAGUGGUGCAAUCUCAGCUCACUGCAACCUCCGCCUCCCGGGUUCAAGCGAUUCUCCUGCCUCAGCCUCCCAAGUAGCUGGGAUUACAGGCGCCCGCCACCAUGCCCAGCUAAUUUUUUUAUUUUUAGUAGAGACAAGGUUUCACUAUGUUGGCCAGGAUGGUCUCAAUCUCUUGACCUCGUGAUCCACCCACCUCAGCCUCCCAAAGUGUUGGGAUUACAGGCAUGAGUCACUGUGCUGGCCUAUUUAUUUUUAAUGUAUUUUACUUUUUUUGAGAUGGAGUCUCCCUCUGUUGCCUGGGCUGGGGUGCAGUGGUGGGAUCUCAGCUCACUGCAACCUCCACCUCCUGGGUUCGAGUGAUUCUCCUGCCUCAGCUUCCCGAGUAGCUAUUACAGGUGCGCACCACCACACCUGGCUAGUUUUUGUAUUUUUAGUAGAGAUGGGGUUUCACCAUGUUGGCCAGGCUGGUCUUGAACCCCUCAAGUGAUCUGCCCGCCUCAGCCUCCCAAAGUGCUGGGAUUACAGGUGUGAGCCACCACUCCUGGCCUAUUAUCCCAUUUUAAAGAUGAAGAAACCGGCCGGGCGUGGUGGCUCACGCCUGUAAUCCCAGUACUUUGGGAGGCCAAGGCGGGCGGAUCACAAGGUCAGCUGAUCGAGACCAUCCUGGCUAACACGGUGAAACCCUGUCUCUACUAAAAAUACAAAAAAUUAGCCGGGCGUGGUGGUGGGUGCCUGUAGUCCCAGCUACUCGGGAGACUGAGGCAAGAGAAUGGCGUGAACCCAGGAGGCGGAGCUGGCAGUGAGCCGAGAUCGCGCCACUGCACUACAGCCUGGGCGACAGAGCGAGAGUCCGUCUGAAAAAAAAAAAAAAAGAUGAAGAAACCGAGGCACAGCAAGCAGGAAGAUUGCCACACAGCUGCUAAAUGGCUGAGCCAGGAUUCCAACCCAGCCAGUCUGGCUCCAUAGUCUGCACUUGUAUGCUCUGCUGCCUCAGGUCAUCUGCAAAAUGAAUGGCUGGUGUGUUUGUCUUUUACCUCCCCCCGGACGUUUCUCCACCCCACCAGUGUGUAAGCUGCUGAGCACAGAGCUACAGGCGGAGCUGAGUCGCACCGGUCGAUCUCGAGAGGUGCUGGAGCUGGGGCAGGUGCUGGACACAGGCAAGAGGAAGAGACACGUGCCUUACAGCGUUUCAGAGACAAGGCUGGAAGAGGCCUUAGAGAAUUUAUGUGAGCGGAUCCUGGACUAUAGUGUUCACGCUGAGCGCAAGGGCUCACUGAGAUAUGCCAAGGGUCAGAGUCAGACCAUGGCAACACUGAAAGGCCUAGUGCAGAAGGGGGUGAAGGUGGAUCUGGGGAUCCCUCUGGAGCUUUGGGAUGAGCCCAGCGUGGAGGUCACAUACCUCAAGAAGCAGUGUGAGACCAUGUUGGAGGAGUUUGAAGACAUUGUGGGAGACUGGUACUUCCACCAUCAGGAGCAGCCCCUACAAAAUUUUCUCUGUGAAGGUCAUGUGCUCCCAGCUGCUGAAACUGCAUGUCUACAGGAAACUUGGACUGGAAAGGAGAUCACAGAUGGGGAAGAGAAAACAGAAGGGGAGGAAGAGCAGGAGGAGGAGGAGGAAGAGGAAGGGGGAGACAAGAUGACCAAGACAGGGAGCCACCCCAAACUUGACCGAGAAGAUCUUUGACCCUUGCCUUUGAGCCCCCAGGAGGGGAAGGGAUCAUGGAGAGCCCUCUAAAGCCUGCACUCUCCCUGCUCCACAGCUUUCAGGGUGUGUUUAUGAGUGACUCCACCCAAGCUUGUAGCUGUUCUCUCCCAUCUAACCUCAGGCAAGAUCCUGGUGAAACAGCAGGACAUGGCUUCUGGGGUGGAGGGUGGGGGUGGAGGUCCUGCUCCUAGAGAUGAACUCUAUCCAGCCCCUUAAUUGGCAGGUGUAUGUGCUGACAGUACUGAAAGCUUUCCUCUUUAACUGAUCCCACCCCCACCCAGAAGUCAGCAGUGGCACUGGAGCUGUGGGCUUUGGGGAAGUCACUUCGCUCCUUAAGGUCUGUUUUUAGACCCUUCCAAGGAAGAGGCCAGAACGGACAUUCUCUGUGAUCUAUAUACAUUGCCUGUAUCCAGGAGGCUACACACCAGCAAACCGUGAAGGAGAAUGGGACACUGGGUCAUGGCCUGGAGUUGCUGAUAAGUUAGGUGGGAUAGAUACUUGGUCUACUUCAGCUCAAUGUAACCCAGAGCCCACCAUAUAGUUUUAUAGGUGCUCAAUUUUCUAUAUCGCUAUUAAACUUUUUUCUUUUUUUCUAAAAA